UGAGUUGACGUCUGUUAGUGUCACUUGUCAGGCCGCCGCCGAAUAGAGAUUUGUAUUUUAAUUAUUUCGUUCGGCCCAAGUGAAAAUUAAUUAUAUUUCCAUAUACCUUUUAAUAGAAUUGUAUAAAUUUUAAGGUUUCCAAAAACUAGAAAAUUUUCCAUUCCACAAAAUGGCAAUGGCUAUGAGAAAUAUGUUAAGAAAUGUGGUUAAGACCAUCCAAGUACGAAGCUAUGCUGAGGCCGCACCUGCUCUUAAGGAAGGAGAGAUGGCCCUUACAUUUGCUUCGGGGAAUAAGGUGUAUUAUAACAAACAAGCUGUGAAACAAGUGGAUGUACCCUCUUUCAGUGGCGCCUUUGGUAUUCUGCCAAAACAUGUGCCCACACUUGCUGUUCUAAGACCUGGGGUCGUCACAGUAAUUGAAAAUGAUGGCAAGCAGAGCAAAAUAUUUGUUUCUUCGGGAACUGUCACAGUCAACGAUGAUUCUUCAGUUCAGGUCCUAGCAGAAGAAGCACAUCCAUUAGAGAGCCUGGACCGUAGUGCGGCUCAAGAAGCCCUGUCGAAGGCGCAGUCGGAGUUCAACUCAGCUGCUAAUGAGAAGGCUAAAGCGGAAGCAGCUAUUGCUGUUGAAGUUGCUGAAGAGAUUGUAAAAGCCGCGUCUCAAUAAGUUGAUAUCUGCAGCACUAUGUGCAUCUACAUUUAGGAUUUAACAACUAUUUAAUGUAAUAUAUGAAUUUCGGCUGUUA